GUUGCGCCACUAUGAUAUCAAUCCACAGCUAACCAUAAAAGCAGGACACUAGCUACUUAACAGGGUUUACCAUGAAAUGAGCUACUAGAGGCUGGGGUGAUAUGGGAAGCACAACGAAUAAAAAUAAAUCCUGCCAAAGCCACAAAAGAACCAUUGUGGGGUUACGCUACGAACCCAUCACAAGACGACCGGAUCUGCCCUGCUCUGCUUUGUCCUUCCUCCGGCUGCUCUUGAUUGUGGGUGAUUUCUGGGCAUAUUUUUCGCUUGCCGCCGGCCUUCUUCCCCCUGCCAUGUCCGGUUUCUGCAACUGUAAAUUCUGGUUUCUGAUCGUUCUGUCGGUUAGCACUGAGAUUGAGUGCUCAGUUUUAUGCAAGUGAGGUAAGUAAAUUUAUGGUAAUGCCCGUACUGUUUUAAAAGCAUGUUUUGAUUUGUUUUUGAAGUGGUGGCAGGACUAAACCCGUUUUAUACAAAAGUAAGUAUGAUUGAUUUGAAAUGAAAAUUUUAUGCUUUUCAUUAAAUUGAGCAUGCCUACUUGAAAUUUGAUUGAUUGUCCUGAUGAUUUGAAAGUGAUUGGUAAAGAAUGAUUUUCUGUGAACUUCUGCCUGUUUUGUCUCCGAUAUGGUUAUGUUAUUGAUUGAAAUCCUGCUAGUGGGGGUUAAACGCUAGCACAUGUUGACAUGUUAUUGAUAGAACCGGUUCGUUCAAGUGUAGCCUGCCAGUGGGAAGUUUAAUACACUGGCCAUGACCUAUAGAGGAGACGUCUAUUUCGUGCCCGUACUGUAUCCGUUUUUCGUUAUUGUACUUGUUGGCAUGCUAUAAAUUUAAUAAGGGCACUCCAUAUUUUACUUACUGAGUUUAUCUCAUAGUUUUUCCUUGUCCACCAUUUCAGGAAGUGAAACCGAGGACGGGGAAACCACGGGAAGUGACGAGUUAGAAAGCUAGCCAUUUCGGGAUUGAUAUAGAUUCUAGAAGUAAAUCAUGAUCUUGUAAACCAAAGUGUAUUUGGAGAUUUAUGUUAUCGGAGUAAAUUUUAAAGAUUUGAUCUUCAGAUUUUGAUGGUAUCAGAGUGUGAAUUUGAUAAGUUCCGAGCCUUGUGCAUUUGUGGGACCCGUCUCACGAGUGCACGGCGUCUGUCGCGUCUCGAAAUUGGGUUU